GAUAUCCGCUUAUCAAAAACUUUGAAAAGAACAACAACGCAUAUAAAUCGUUCUUGACCGAACGCUUGAACAGUUCGCAUUAGCUGCUGCCGAUUGUCAGUGCAGCAGAUAACAAAUUACGCCAGCUUGUAACAUUCGACUAAUUACAAAUAUAUACAUACAUAUAUUUACAUAGCCAAACGCUUGCUCGGCCGCUUACUUUUUUUUUAUUGGUUUGUCAGCGCCAUUUUGACAAAAGUGUGCAACUCAAAAAGAAAGAAAAAUGAAAUUCUUGAUAGCGACUGUGUCGCUGCUGGCACUUGUGGCCAUGACUAAAGCCACAGAGUCCGAGCCGCAUAUGCUUAGCGAUGAAUUCAUUGAGUUGGUAAAAAGCAAGGCCACAACCUGGACGCCUGGACGCAACUUUGAUGCGGCCGUGUCGGAGCAUCAUAUACGUGCCCUGAUGGGUGUUCAUCCCGAUUCGCACAAGUUCACGCUGCCCGAGAAGCGAGAGCUGCUGGGCGCUGAUGGUGAGGAUAAGGAUUUGCCCGAGGAAUUUGAUUCGAGCAAAAAUUGGCCCAAUUGCCCAACAAUUCGGGAAAUUCGUGAUCAGGGCUCCUGCGGCUCCUGCUGGGCCUUUGGAGCCGUUGAGGCCAUGUCGGACCGCGUCUGCAUUCAUUCGAAUGCCACUGUUAACUUCCACUUCUCCGCUGAUGAUUUGGUGACCUGUUGCCACACCUGCGGCUUUGGCUGCAAUGGUGGUUUUCCUGGCGCCGCCUGGAGCUACUGGACGACCAGGGGCAUUGUUAGCGGCGGCUCCUACAAUUCCACAGAGGGUUGCCGACCCUAUGAGGUAGAGCCCUGCGAGCAUCAUGUCGAUGGCCCACGUCCACCCUGCCAUUCAGGCAGCACUCCUCACUGCAAGCACCAGUGCCAGCCCAACUACUCCGUAGACUAUGAAAAGGACAAGCAUUUCGGCGCCAGCUCAUACUCUAUCAAUCGCAAUCCGCGCAACAUUCAGCGCGAGAUCAUGACCAAUGGACCGGUGGAGGGUGCAUUUACUGUCUAUGAGGAUUUGAUAUUGUACAAGACGGGCGUCUAUCAGCAUGUCCAUGGCAAGCAGUUGGGCGGUCAUGCCAUACGCAUCAUCGGCUGGGGUGUCUGGGGGGAGAGCAAGGUGCCCUAUUGGCUCAUUGCCAACUCAUGGAACACCGACUGGGGAGACAAUGGUUUCUUCCGCAUAUUGCGCGGCAAGGAUCAUUGCGGCAUCGAGAGCCAAAUUUCUGCGGGUUUGCCCAAAUUGUGAGCUAACAAAGUGUCUUUCAAAUUUGUUUCUCGUAUGUUUCUCGGCUUAAUUAAUGAUUUCCACUAUGUAUAUUAACAUGUAAUGACAACCUAAAUUUGUUAGGACCUAAAUAAAUCAAACAAAAUGAAGUGAAAACAACCAAUAA